AUGGGGCGUGUCAAGAUAGCCAUCGUUGAACGUAACGCGUGGAGGCAUGAGUUUGUCAUAGGGCUGGGCCAGACUGGUGACUCUAAUAUUUUCUUUCUUCUUCGACGUUUUCGUGCUAAAACAAGAGCUGUUUGGAUCGGGCCAAGGAGAUUAUUCUUUCGGGAGUUGGAUACUGACCGUUCAGGUCAUUUCGGCCAAGGUAGUUUGUAUCUAUCUAUCUAUCUAUCUAUCUAUCUAUCUAUCUAUCUAUCUAUCUAUCUAUCUAUGCCUGUUUCCAUCUAUCUAUCUAUCUAUGCCUGUUUCCAUCUAUCUAUCUAUCUAUCUAUCUAUCUAUCUAUCUAUUUAUCUAUCUAUCUAUCUAUCUAUCUAUCUAUCUAUCUAUCUAUCUAUCUAUCUAAAUCCGUUUAUUAUCUAUCUAUCUAUCUAUCUCUUCUUUGCGUAAUCAUAUGUCUUUUACUAUUGCAGAUGCGGUUCCCACGGGUGAGCUCUAUCCUUUUCGUUGUAUGCCUGUUGCUAUUGGCAACGCCCACUUUCCAAAAACUUCCAAUUUGCAAACAAGGCGACAUACCAAUGCUUCCAGCACUUAAUUCCAUAUCUAAAGUUAAUUUUUAUUUCAUCUUCGUCGUCGGGCUUAGAAGCCUAGGACCCUCACCGGACACAUGUGGACCCAUUCAAUCAUCAGGUCUUCAAUUAACGGAAGCCUUUAUAUGGUACCUCAAGAAACAUGGUCUUAGCAAUAACGAUAUCUCCACAGGGGGAAUCGUUUUUGAUUCUUGCUCCGACAAACAACUAAUUAUUCAAAAAGUUGUCAGCUUUGAGUCCAAUCAGAUAAACUGUUAUUUGCGUGACAACUCACCUAUUCAACCGAGCAGUGUUUUCACAUAUAUCGGCGCUGAUAAUUCCCUGGACACAGUAGCCCUUUCUCAAGCCUUAGACCGAACGAACAAGACACUAAUGUCGGCGCUUUUGGACACCAACCCUUCAGUCGCUUAUCGGUAUUUCUUGCCAAGUAUUCCCGGAAACUCGAAGAUCGACGACGCACUUAUCGACCUCCUUAAAUCAAACAAUGUCAGAUAUUUCCUUUUAGUGCACGAAAACAACAAUAUUUGGGGAGAGAGGAGCAAAGAGUUCAGUGAAAAGGCUAAAAAAGAAAAGAUUUGCACAGUUGACAGUGAUCCACUUCCGGACGUCAAAGCAGGCGAUGCGGCCUUUGACAAAGCCGUCUCAGAGCUUGUUAAAAAGCUAAGUGUUAUUUAUCUGGUCGUAAUGGCCGAAAGUCAGGCUACUUUGCAAAUCAUGCACGCUAUCAAUCGAAAUGCUAACGCCAAGAACAAUCUAAUAGUGGUUACGUUUGGAUUUCUGGAGUUUGAACCCCCAGCAGGUAUCAAAUACUUAAAUCUUAUCCCAAGUCUACCCUCAGGAGAUAUCCUAACGGCAACGAACCAAUUUUUUUCUGAUUACAAGAAUCUAUUUACAAACAAGACCAAAAGUCCUUGGUUGGAAGAAUACUGCAUAACACAACAAUGCAAUAACUUAGCCAUUGAUAUUGACCAGAGAAUUCCGUUUUUAUUCAUGGCUUUAAGCGCUUCCAUGAAAGCCAUCGAGAGCUGUGGCGGCUCCCUGUGCACGUCAGAUAAAAUAUCAAGGCCUCAAAAUGUUUUCAUGUUCACCAAAGAUGUUCAGCUCAGCAUAGACGGAACUAAACAAAAAGUCUUCGAUAAAAAUGGCUUUAUUAACCCAGAUAUCACCAAAUUCAAGUUGAAAAUCAACAACCAAAAAAGUUAUCUGGAUUAUAUAAAAGGAAAAGACCUCGAUAUUUUAAAAUCCAAAAGCUCCUGUCCGAAUGACCCUUGCAUUGAAUGCGGACAGUUAACAACGACCACUACAGAGAAGACUACCACGAUGACAUUGCCUGCCUCUACCACGCCAAGCUCCGCCGCUCGAGACAUGAUCAGCAUUCCUAAAGUCGAUUCCUUAACCGGAGUUUUCGGUCCCAUUCCGGAAAGGCCAAAACGCGAAUACGGUGUAAGGGAUGCUAAGUGGAUUAUUCCCUUGGGUGUCCUUGCUAGUCUGGGUGUGUUGGCUGUGAUCAUCUUUGAGAUAACUAUCCUGUAUAAACUACUGGGUACCCAGCUCGGGCAUCAAUGGCGUACAAUGUGGCUGGGUCAGCUGUUACUGUUCGGGGUCCUUCUUUGUUUUCUUACACUCUUUGCCUACCUGCCCAAACCGACGGACGUGACCUGUGGGAUUACCCGCUUCGGGGUCGGCUUUAGCUACGCUGUUGUCUUCUCGGUCAUGCUGGUCAAACUGAUGGUCAUCCUCACAUCGAAGGCCAGCGACGGACUUCUUCUCACUGACACAGAAUCCCCCAAUUAUCUCCGGGGUACUUAUCAGAUCCUGAUGUUUAUUUUCUCAGUUGGUGUCCAGUUGGUAAUUGAUAUCCAGUGGUUGCUCACCGUUCCACCCCGAGCAGUGCCCGUCAUUGAUUUCACAGGCAAUCAAGUAUGGAUCUGCAACCAUUAUACUUGGUCCACGGCCGCUGGAGCAAUGUCGAUGGAGAACUUUAUUCGUAACGAAUUCGAAAACCAUCUAUUGACCCUCGUCUACAUCAUGUUCCUCAUCUUAGUGACCACAAUCGUCUCAAUGAAAGCGCACGGGAUUAUCACCAACCACCGUGAAAGUGUCUUCAUUGGUAUUUCAUCCGGCCUCAGCAUUCCUCUCUGGAUCGCCUGGACCCUCAUUGCAGGCCUUAACCGGAGAUCUGACUACGCCCAUCAAUACGGCGACGCGUGCAUAGCCUUCGGCCUAUUCCUGACCGGUGCCCUAGUGCUGUUUGCUAUGUUUCUGCCCAAGGUUCGGCAGAUGGUCAACAUGGGCCUGGAGGGCGUCUACCUUGAAGACGACCGAGAUACAAAUUUUAACGGUUCAGUAAUAAUGCCGCCUUCCAGCUUCAAAAGCGGAUAUCGGGGACCAGCUUCAGUUGUCUACGUUAAUGGAGGAACUGUUUACAGCGAAUCAAUCAAAGAUCCAUUGGCCUUGCAUUUGAAGCAUCCUGGGAGUACGUACAGUGCCCCAGCCUACAUAAAGGGCAACCGACCCGAAUCUCUAUAUGGAACAAGCCGCGUACUUAAGGUGACGCCUGAACUCACCGGGCGAAUUCUUGCUGACCGACGCCGGACACAGUCCGAACACAACUAUCCAUCUGUUCAUAUCUAUCUAUCUAUCUAUCUAUCUAUCUAUCUAUCUCUGACAGUCUGUUCAUAUCUAUCUAUCUAUCUCAUUCUGUUUAUUAUCUAUCUAUCUCUGACAGUCUGUUCAUAUCUAUCUAUCUAUCUAUCUAUCUAUCUAUCUAUCUAUCUAUCUAUCUAUCUAUCUAUCUCAGUCUCUGUUCAUUUCUUUCUUUCUAUCUAUCUAUCUAUCUAUCUAUCUAUCUAUCUAUCUAUCUCUGACAGUCUGUUCAUAUCUAUCUCUGACAGUCUGUUCAUAUCUAUCUAUCUAUCUAUCUAUCUAUCUCAGUUUGUUCAUAUUUAUUUUCAAUUUCCUUUGCAGGUUCCAGAAGCACACAAGACUUGGGAGCUCUUUAAGAGUUCUUCCCAAAUAUUUACCUGA